UCACGACUCCGCUUCGUCUCGACUCAAACAACUGUCAGCAAACCUCAUUAACUUCCCAAAAGAAAAAUGAAAACCAAAACAUCCAAGGCCUUUCAUCAAGGCGGCAACGCCAGCAACGAAACAAUCUCCACCGUCCACCCCGACAUCAUUCAAUCCCACAUCCUCACCAGACUCGACGGCCCUUCCCUCGCCUCCUUCGCCUGUACUUCGUCCCAAUUACACGCGCUCUCUACCGAAGAAAAUCUCUGGCAAAACAUUUGCUCUUCCACGUGGCCUUCAGUUAAUCACCCACGUGUCCAAGAAUUCAUCUCCACUUUCCCCUCCGGUCACCGUUCAUUCUUCUCCGAUUCUUUCCCUUUUCCCGAUCCCCAGCCGUUAAAGCUCGAUGUCAACUCUUUGACUCUACCAAAGGAACUAAUCUCAGCCGUUGAUAUUUUCUAUCAAAACAAAAUUAUUUAUUCUAAAGUCGAAGAAAUGGAAACGUCAAGCGGCUGGUUUUUGUGUUCACCAUUCCGGGUGGAUUUACUUGACCCGAAAGAUUCUACUUCAACACCGAUAAAGUAUUUUGGUGGCAGUAAAGAUGACACGUGGCUAAAGCAUUUGGAGGAAAACUUGAGUUUAAGCUGGAUAGUUAUAGACCCGACCCGGAAGAAGGCGGUGAAUAUGUCGAGUAGAAGAGCUGUUUCGUUGCAACGGCACUGGUUGACGGGUGAUGUGCAGGUGCGGUUCGGGACGGUGGUGAUGUCUGGAGAUGAACUGCGGGGAUCGUCAAGAGAGUUGGUGGAGUGUGCGGUUGUGGUCAUGUGCGGGGGAAAAGAAGGAGAGGAUAUGCACGUGAGGGAAGUGAGUAUGGUGAUGGACGACAUGGAAGGGAAAGCGUUGAAUGGGAAGGACAGUUUGUUGAUUUUAGAAGGGGUAAUGGAGAGAGGGAGAAGGAGAGGGAAUGGAAAUGAAGGGAAAGAGAAGUAUGAGGAGUAUGAAGGGAAGAAACGGGAGAGGAAAAAAAGGAAGCAAAGGAAAGAAAGGGCAUUGGAUUUGGUUUGCAUUACAAUUGGUGUUGCCGGUUUUGUCACAUUAUGCUCAGCUAUGUUGUUCAAGUAACAACAUAACAAAAAAAAUAAUGUUUCAAAUUCCAUUUUUUUAUUGUUAUAUACUUUAAAGAAAUAUAAUUUUUUUA